AUGACACCGGAACAGUCCUAUUCUGAGAUUCAGAACCAAAUUUACGCCUACAGAAUCAAGAACAUCAUCCAUGAGCUAGACAGACUGGUUGUCUCCCAUCGUAGGCUCAAUGAUUCCCAGCUACCGCCAACACUGGCUUCAAACAGUUUCAGAACUAACAUGGUGGAUUUGAACCCUGCAAUCCAGAGCGAUCGAAGCAAUCAGCUGUUGCCUGACACUAGCGGGCUACCAUUAACUUUUCAGGCACAAGAUGGUGCUCCGACAAUGUUACGGGCGGCCGUUCAGAUGCACUGGGAUUCUAGACAAAUAGAAAAGAACGAUACUAGAUCCAAGCAUAAUGAAGUGGUGUGGGGAUUUCGCGGGAAUAUAUCGACCGACAAUCAGAGUAGAGUGCAGCUUCCAGAGGAGCACAGGGUCGGUGAUUGGUGGAUGAAGCAGAGCUGGCACACUCAAGCGUUGUGUGCGGACAUUCCAGACACCUUAGGUAAGAGUUUGUAUCAGCAA